AUUCUAUUUAUGGCAGGGAAAUGUGCUCCAGCUCCAGUUUGAUUUUGUUGAUCAGCAACAUUAAAGCUUUUUGAAAAUAAUAUGAUACCAUAAGAGUUUAUAUCUUAAACUGAUUAUUGUCUUUGUCUACCAGAAAAUCUACUUCAUCUGAUUGUUACCUAAAGUGAUUCUCAGGAUGGUGCGAGUUUUGAAUGGAGUUCAUAACAUUGAAAGCCAGACUAUCCAAACAUGUGAGGAUCCAGUGGCCGUUACUACUGCACCCCCUGAAAGGUUGCUCAUCGCUCUCAAUCAUCAUGUAAUUGAAGUUCGAGAUUUAUCCAUGAAUCCGGAGUCAACAUUCUCCUUUCCAACCGUGGAUCAGGCCUUCUUCCUAACUCAUUGUAUAACAGGAAACUAUGUGGCGACAUUGGAGGUGAAGGUGAGUCGAGAAGGUCGCGAGGUGAUCUACACCCGCAUCUACGCCAACUGGGACCAGCCGGGAGUGCUGGAUGGCUCUCAGCCAAUGAGAGCGCGCAUUGCUGGCAGGGUGACGCCCAGUAGUAGUCAGACGGGCGGUGAUUCGUUGGAAAUGAUUGAACUACCUGUCCGCUUCCCAACUACCACUGCAAUCGCUUGCUGCCAGGCAACUGGCAAUCUCAUUGUGGCAUCUACGAAAACAAUCUGUCUAUUCCAACUUGUAUCCAGACUGCACGAUAUCUCCAGGCUGAGGUUCCUCGAUUUCGAACUAUGGCCUGUCACACUCGAACUGAGUUUUGCUCCGACUAAGCUGGCCAUGGUCGAAAAUAUCGUAGCUGCUAUGGAUGGAGAGUCGUUACACGUUUUCAAAAUCAACAAAGGUGUGUCUCAUAGAAGUGACCAGUCAUCGACUUACAGUGGAUCGCCUCUUCCUCAUUCAUCAGCUAGCGGCUCAGAGAAGAGAUCCGGCGAAUAUUCAGUCACGAGUAGAAGUCCAGUGGAUCUUGACAGGCUCUCAGAUCAGAUACAGCUGAAUGGCUAUAACGAUACUUCCUACGUCACGCACUUGCCUGGCAUCAGGAUGAAUGUCCAUGAUCCCAACAGAAAAACAGAUGUUAAAUCAUCACCUUUCAAACCGCCUUAUAUGGUAUCAAUGGGCAUCGCCAUCAAAGAAAUGCCAACUAAUGAGCCUUGGGCAGAGCAGAUGACCACUAUGGUAGAGAGUCUUUUACAGCUGGAAUUGGAACCUGGCAAUGACUAUACUUUCAAUAAUCUCAUUCUAAGGCCACUCUACCUGGAGUCUAGCUCUGUAGUGCCUCAACAAGAUUGGAGUUGUCCUCGCCUUAGGUCAUUAUUCUAUGAUCAUCUUAUGGGCUUAAACUGCCUAGUUUGCACUGAACAAGAAGGAUAUCUUUACCAUUUUUCAAUAAACAAUUUUGAUACAGUGAAUUUGGGUGAAUGCGUGUGUGUGAUCAGUUUUACAUCACCUGUUCGUUACGUUUGUCUGGAAGCUGGAAUUCUACAUGCUAUAACGAUGACCGGACUUGAAACUUACACCAUUCGAUCCACACAUGCUGUUCAAUUCGAUGAAAAUCAAGUGACGCCUCCCCUGGAAGAUCCCGUGUGUUUGAUGGGGUUUCGACCGUUUAUUGGUGUGAUUGGUCUAUUACUAGCCGAGGAUUAUCUUAUCAUUCUUGCCGCAUCGGAGAUGAAGUCUGUUAACUGGACAAUAUAUUCUUUGAAACUGCCGACUGCUCAACAGCUGUAUCACGAAAUGGUGACCACUGCGUUGGGUUUCAAGAAGAGCAUGCCGCCCACUUACCGGCAUUUGCUGAGUGAGGCUCACAUGCUCAUCAAGACGGCCACUCACCUGAGGGCCUCGCCAGCCCAUGACUCCACCUGCUCCACGCCCGGAUCCACGCCCUCCCGAUCCGUGCAGCCCCACGAGAAGGAGCUCUACAAGCAAUCAUGUGCCUUACUUGGACAAUACCAUAUUUUAAGUGAGAAUGAAGAGGACUGGGAAAUCGGCUGCAAAUACAUAACAAUGUCUGGAAUGCCCCCUGAACAAUUCCUAAAAUGGCUUGAAGCAUCGGAAAAUCAAUGUGCUGUGCAGGUUGAUUUGGAAUCGAAAGCCAAACUGGGCGUGGCCUACUACCUGACCAAGUGCCUGAACCAGUGGCCUGAGCGACUGCCCAAGUCCACCCUGGCCACUCUCAUUGAGCAGCUCGAGCCGCCGCACUUGGCCAACUUGCUAUUGAAGUCUCCUGUACUUGUCAGCUGUGCAACCGACAAUAUACGACAGAGACUUGUCAACAGGACGGAGCCAGAGUGCUGCCUGGCCGUUGAAUUGCUGUCGGAAGAUGGCGGAGCUGCGUUGCGUCUGCUGCCAGAUGACGAUGACGAGUGCAACAAGCAACUGGUCAACCUCCUCGUCAAGCAUUACCAGCUGCUCUUUGAUACAAUGAGACAAGGUGAAUCCAAAGAGAAACCCACUAGGAUAAGACCAUUACUGGUCACAUUCUCUGAGCUAGCUGUGUUACUGAUGCAAGAGAAGCCUCAUCAGUUAGCUAUGGCCUUGGCAAUAGUAGUUAAUCAGAAUCCUGAUGAAAUGGACGUGGAGCAUGUAAUACAGGUUUUUCUCACGUAUUUGCCGUCAAGGAUAGGCCCCGUGGCUACAGCUGCAACGGUAGUUCUUCAGUCAUUCUUGGAAGAAGUUCUUAUUGUGCCUGGAAAGAAACCCAACACAAUGCAUCCCCCUGUUCAGGAUGCUUUGAAGAUUCUGAUGAGGUCUUACCUAAGCGACAUCAGAGUGUCAUCUGAUAAAGGUCGUGAUCCUCCAAAAAUAGGUAUAAAUAAAUUACCUGAGUUCCUAAAUGAGUUGCCUUCACACCCUACCGAGAAAAACUUUAGUACAAUUAAACUGCAGUGGCUGUUGUACCAAGAGUGGCUUGACACCAAAUCCUUAUCUGAGCUGAAUCAGUUUGUUUAUGACUUUUUGCCGAACUGUCUCAGUCUUCAGAUUUUGGCUCAGCCUCAGGAGAAUGCCAUUCAGCUUCUGUUGGAUCACUGUCCUUCAGCCCUUGUAACGUAUGCUAAGGAAAUGAUAAAAGCAGAUAAUGACUGGACAGCUUUGUUAAACGAACUGAAAACUAGAGCAGAAAAGAGUAAUGUAUAUAACGACUUAUUCAAAGAUGUGCUGACUUACCUGUCGGAGAACGGCCGCCUGUGCAGCAUCCUGCCUUCGGAGGUGGCGGGCGAAGAGGCGUACAGCGAGUACGUGUUGCAAUGUCAGCAGGUGCGCCACGCCGACCACAUUCGUUGCAUGAUCAUGGCCACGGGCGAGCACCUCCUCGCCACGCUCAACCUCUGACACACCAACAGACCACGCUAACCACCUGCAAGUACACGCUUACUAUCUGUGAUCACCAUCACUUGUCAUCAUUAUUUCCUAUUUAUAGCUAUCAACUUUACAACCGUACCAUGAUGUAACGUUUGCAAAAAUGGAUUAUUAUUAUUUAAUGUAGGUAAGAUCGUUAUUAUAUUUAGAACGUUACAAAUCUACCUUCAUGUAAGGAUUGCAGGCGUUCUCUCGAUAUCUCUACUUUCAACUUACAUUAUUGUUCCAUAUAGGUAAGAUCGUUAUUAUAUUUAGAACAUUACAAAUCUACCUUCAUGUAAGGAUUGCAGGCGUUCUCUCGAUUGUCUCUCACUGCAUCUACAUGCUGGCCCAAUGUCAGCCAGCGCCAGUUUAUGGAUGGGUGGUUAGCCAAAGCUGGCUACCACUAGCCUUCAUUGGGCACUGCUCACAUUGCAGGCUGGGCCAGCGACUGGGCCAAACAUGCAGAUGCAAUAUCAGAUACUAACCAUCAAUAUUUACUUCUAUAAAAAUUCUGAAAGGGGACAGUUUUGGGCUAGGCCUGAACAGAGGCCCUGUUAAUAUAAUUUGUGUAUUAUAGAAUGUAAAAUAAAUACAUUUUUUUCACUUUGAAAUCUAACACUAUGGAAACCUACAGUUCAUCCAUUGAUGACUCUAGUAGUUCCAAGUUAUGAGAUCAGUAAACAUUAUUCAGUCUGCACACUUUAUCACAAAUUGGUUUUAUACAAUUUCCCUCUCAGGAUUGGAUUGUCUACCUCUCAUUAUUGACAUGAUGAUGAUAGUCUCAACUCGUGCCGUAUGGCAAAUCACUUUUAACUCACUGAACACAAAUGGAAUUUAUUUCAUUGAUGCUACUUUCAAAGGCACAUCCCAAGAAAUAGAUUCCAUAUCAUACAUAUAAAUUGGUUUCUGUUACUUUUAUUUAUGAAGUUCUCUGGAAAGCUCUACUAUCAAUAUUAUCUAAAACUAUAUCAAUUGAAAAAGCGCACAGUGGUUUUCUCUAUGAAAAUAAAUGUUGAAUAAUCAGGUUGAAGUGUUCAAUUGUCAAAUGCACAACUUACAGUGUAGUGAAGAUUAUUCUCACAGCUGUAGAAUUGGUUUUUAAGUUCUAAGAAAGCUAUUUUUAGUAGGAUUCCUACGCUGCGGAAUCCUAGUAAAAUAGCUUUCUUAGAACUUAAAAAUCAAUUCUAAAGCUGUAAGAAUAAUCUUCAGAUUAUACAGAUAUAGGCUCUGUGCCUCAAACAAAGGGUGUAUUUCGUUUAGUCCAGGUGUUCGAUUACUCCAGGUGCUCGAUUAGUCUAGGUAUUCGAUUAUCCCAGGUCAAACUUUUCCAAUUAGACGAGGACCUGGUCUAAACGCACACCUCGGCUAAACGAGGCGGAAUGUAAAGAAAAACCUAUAGUUGAUAAAAUAAUGAGUGAGCUCAUGAUUGUAUCAUGAUUGAUACAAUCAUGUGUAUUGAUUAUAUUUUGAGACAGUGGUUGCUGCAAAAUUUAAAUAAAAAAAACGCCCUAAUCAAAUUUCCUACAAGGCACUUGCACAGUGUGCAUCGAAUAGAGAGUUUUAAAUGAACCAUUAUUAACAUCUUCACCCAUAAAUUGCAGGUAUGUUGGCACCCUUAUAAAUUUUAAUGCACAUUUCGCGCACCCUGCCCAAUGCCCGCAGGGCACCACAAGUCUGCGUGCUGUGUUUGUCGGGCACAGCAAGCAGAGUGGCGGAGGGGCAUUGUGUGCCCCUCUCGGGCUCAUUAUUAGUCGACAUAAUAUACUUUAGUCGACAUAUUUGAACGGACGUAAACUGAUUGUAUCAUGAUUGAUAUGUGUGAGCUCAUGCAGUGGCCAGGAAUUUCUUUCCUUUCUUGCCUGUAGAUCUAACUAGCUGGAACACGGGGUGUAGAUUGGUGUUUGUAGGUACUUAUUCUUCUGUUUCUUCAAUUUGUCCAUGGUCCACAUCAAUUCAAUUCAAUUUAUUUCACCAAAACACAGAAACCAGUACAAAGAU